AUUUAAUACAUUUAUUCAAGAACCUUAAAUACUAGAAGCAUUUAAUGUAUUUUUCAGUUGUAGUAAUAUGGGAACAAAUGAUAAUAAUACAGAAGGAAAGGAGUAUAAUCCGUUUGAACACCGAGUAAUUGCCAAACCUAAUUCUGAUGUCAGAUCUUUAGCAAAUCUAGUAAAGGCUUCUCUGGGCUCUGGUUUGCUUGCAGUGCCAUUAGCCUUUUCUAACUCUGGAUGGGGUGUUGGCAUCAUAGGCACGGCUAUCAUAGCAUUCGUUUGUGCUCACUGUGCUCAUAUAUUUGUUGAAGUAUCACAAGAAUGUUGUCGGCUAGAAAAAACGCCUUUGCUCGGGUACGCAGACACAUGCCGAGCUGCGUUUAUGGCUGGUCCAAAAGCUGUCAGGCGCUUCGCUAGAUUUUUUAGCAUAUUUGCAGAAUGUUCUAUUUUAUGCACAUACAUAGGAGUAUGUUGCAUAUUUACCGUACUCAUAGCAGAUUCAAUCAAACAGCUCUUUGACACGUACUACCCAGUAUUUAUAUUAUCAAUAGAAUAUUACUGUCUCAUUUUAUUAAUACCGCUAUGUUUAAUGGUACAAAUAAGGCAUCUCAAGUUCCUAGCCCCUAUCUCAUUUAUAGCCAAUGUUCUGCUCGUGGGUACAUUUGCGAUAUGUCUAUAUUACAUCUUCAAAGAUGGACUAUCGUUUUCUGAUCGAAAAUUUGCCGGUGAACCUUCGAGAUUACCAGCAUUCUUAUCUACAAUAAUUUUUGCAAUGGAAGGUAUAGGCGUUGUUAUGCCAGUGGCAAAUGCUAUGAAAAAUCCACAAAGAUUCCUUGGGUGUCCUGGUGUGUUGUCCAUUGCUAUGCUACUUGUAGCGCUAUUAUACGGCGUCCUAGGACUAUUUGGUUAUUUCAAAUAUGGUGAUGUACUGAGAGGUUCGAUUACUUUGAACUUGCCCUUGGAUGACUGGCCAGCAAUUUGUGCUAAAUGUUUUAUAGCCUUAUCUAUCUUCUUUACAUAUCCACUGCACUUUUUCUGCGUAAUUGAUGUUAUAACGAGACAUACAGAAUCACGCAUUAAGGAAAAUUAUAGAUCCAUUGCACAAGUAUUGAUAAGGAUAACUGUCGUUUUAUUCUGUGGUGGUAUAGGAGUCGCGCUACCAAUGUUGGAACAAAUCAUCAAUUUAGUUGGCUCACUCUUCUACUCGAUCCUUGGGGUUAUCAUACCUGGAAUAAUCGAAACCGUACUUCGUUGGGGAAAGCUGGGACGUUUCAACUGGAUCUUAUGGAAGAAUAUCUUGAUAGUUUUAUUCGGAGUAUGUUCUAUGGUUUCUGGUUGUGCAGUCACUAUUGCGGAUAUUAUUAGCAUUGCAAGUAGAAAACUGAGUAGUCACUAUUAAUUCAAUUGUUAAUGUAUGGUAUAAAAACACCAUAAAUACUCUACUGUUCCAUAAGAAAGAAGAUAUACAGUUUCGUGAGGUUACAUUCUCUCUCAAUACCUUUUUAGCAGUCAUAUUUUAAUAUUAAAUUAUA